AUGUCUGUUCACCGCAAACCAGUCACCAAAGGUAUCUUACCCACCUUCCAUCAAGAUAAGGUAGCCAUCUACCCUGGCCAAGCCAGCCCUGAAGCAGCUGCCGUGCUCUUGCCCUCUCACGACAGACUCGGGUCUUUCAGUCAGAGCGCAGCAGCAAUGAAUUCUGGACUCUGCACUGCCUGUAUCCUGGGGCCACCCACCUGUAUUAGUGCCGAUACGCCCACCACCUACCCGCAGACGUAUGGUAUCCAUCCAGACCUUAACUUACCUACCUUGGAUACAUCAAUACCUUACCGCACUUACGUCCCUUCCCCGCCACUUUUCGUCUCCGUCAACACCACACGUCCAUUGUUGGCGAUCCCCUCCAGCCGGCCAACUUCACCGGGCGCUGAAGGCCCCACGUAUGCCCCGCCUCAUCUUCCUGCUGGCUGGAUUGCCCAGUGGGAUGGUGCGAGCAAGAAGUACUACUUCGUGCAGCUUUCCACGGGCGUCUCGCAAUGGGAGACCCCGACGGAUGCCGCGCCCACCGGCGCGACACCUGCUCAACCUUCUGAUCACCCCUAUGGUGUUCCUCAACCCGAGGUCAUCACCCAUCCUGACGGCAGCCAGACGGUGAAGCAUGCCGAUGGCACCCUCGAACCCGUCAACCCCUCCAUGCCUCCCGACACCACCAGUACGAGGGGCAUCGACGGCCAGACAGGCGAUCGCGGACUCGGCAGCAUGGCCAUGAAUGCGCUUCUUGGCAGCGGCAAGAACUCGAAUCACGGCUCCUCUUCCGGCAACCAAAGCAGCUCAAGCCCCUUCGGUGGCAUUGCCAGUCAAUUGAUGAACGGUAUCGGUGGGCACGGUAACAGUCACGGGAGUAGCAGCGGGGGCGGCAAGAGUUCACUGGGCAAGAUUGGCAGCUCUCUAGCUUCAAGCCUGCUCUCGAGCGGAAAGCAGUCUCAGCAGGGCCAGUCGCAAAAUUACCAUGGCGGCCAGUCCUCGGGUCAUCAACAACAAGGUGGUCUGGCUGGAUCUCUAAUGGGUGGCGUUGCCACCAUGUUUGGCGGAAACAAGCAGAGCCACGGUGGCAACAAUGAUUUCGGGUACUCCAAUAAUGCCUCUGGUGGCGGCGGAGGUGGAGGCUACACCGGCCAGGCUCCUCCUACUUCUUACCAGCCACCUGGUUCGUCUUCGCAUAACCAGCACUCAUCUACUCCAGCGGGGGGUUCAUACCACUCUCCUGCGCCGAACCAGGGCCAGAACCAUUCGCAGCAGUCGUAUGCUCCACCUCCUAACCAGUACCCCCCUCCGCCAAACCAAGGACAACCUCAUCACAACAACUCCUACGGCGCGCCGUCUCAACAGUCCCAUGCUCAGUCCUACCCACCUCCACCCUCUAGUGGUGCCCCUUCGUAUGGUCAGCAGCCCAGCUAUGGCGCCCAGCCAAGCCAGCAGCACAACCAGCAGCACAACCAGCAGCACAACCAGCAGCACCAACAGCAGCACCAACAGCAGCACCAACAGCAACAACAAUACGGAGGAUAUAACCCCGCGACCUAUAGCAAUGGUCCUCAAGGCCCUCAGACUGGAGGGGGCUAUCCCAGCCAACCUUCCUACGGCGGCCAGCCUUCUCAACAACCCAGCUAUGGCAACCACUACUAG